GGGUGAUCGCGAUCGCGCAACAGGAUCUUGCUUUUAACAAAAGCAAGUUAAUGUGAAAGAAUUUUAUUUUAUAAUUUAUUUCACUUAUAGAUCACAAGAUCAACCUCAGCAAUGCAAAAUUACAGACGUAUUGAAACUUUCUUGGUAAAAGAGAUUACCGGUACUUUAUUAUGUAAUAUAGUGGUUCUUUAUUUUUUAAGAAUGAAUCCGUUGCGUUAUUAUGUGGUUCUUUAUUAUUUAAAAAUGAGUCCGUUGCGUUAUUAUGUGGUUCUUUAUUAUUUUAAGAACCAAAUCAAUGGUCAUCGGCGUAGAAUUUAAUUGACAUGAAGCAAAUGAAAAAGCUCUAAUUAGACAAAUAAUUGACUAAGACAUGAUAAUAUAUAAUCAAAGAUAUAAAUACUGGGCGGCACCGAAAUGUUUCAUGCAUCUACGUGAGCCAGCGGUUCUUUGGAAUCCCUAAGAUUAUCUGAGAGAACGUCAACUAUAUUUCUCUGCACAGAGGUCAUGGUAGCUUGAGUGACAUUAAGCGGGUUAUCCGCCAGUACACUGAGGAAAGAGAAUCCCUCGCUCGCUCCUAGUUUACUAUCAAAGAAUUCAAGAAAAUCAAGAUAGAUGACUUGCUGCAAAAGACGGAUAUCACUAAUGAAACCUAAAGAUAUUCUAAAAGAAGCCCCUAACCGAUUAUAGAACUCGAGAAGAAAUGCAAUUAUUAGUUCAGUAAUCUUUUGCAAGAAUGGACGUAUUAUUCUCUUGUAAUGGAUAUUUGAGAAGAUAAGAUUUUAUAGGGUAUCAAUGAUGAGGAUC